CAAUGAUAAAAGUAUGUAGAAGUGAAGAAAUGUCUAUGCACUUGGCAACGUCAGAUUAUAUAUUGCAUCUUGCAGCAAGAUGGCUCGAUGCAGUCGUGUUUGGAUCGCGUAGUCGCGUACAACUGCAGAUAAAGAAUGGCGGCCGGCACGGGGGCCGCCUCAGCCUUCAGGUACACGCACGCGGUCGUGUGCCGCAUUCCCGUGUCUCUUCGCACUAGGGGCCAAGUAGAGUUGGAAGAGGCCCGACGUCAGCACGAGGCCUAUGUGCGACUCCUUCGGGAACUAGGCCUGGACGUGAUUGAGCUUCCUCCAGACGAAGCGUUGCCCCUUUGCGCCUUCGUAGAAGACUCCGCUGUCGUUUGUAAUGGAAUCGCGCUCAUCGCCAGGCCUGGAGACGCGAACAGAAUCAAAGAGGUCGAGACGAUAAGAGUGGUUCUAAAAAAAGAACUUGACCUUCCAAUCAUCGAAAUGUCAGAUACCAAGGCAAGAUUAGACGGGGGCGACGUCCUGUUCACGGGUCGCGAGUUCUUCGUGGGUCUGUCCCAAUGGACGAACGAAGCGGGUGCCCGUGCUGUAGCGGCUGCUUUCCCGGAGUAUCCGUGCACACCUAUCAAGGUUCCCGAACCUAAACAUCUAAAAUCGUACGUAACCAUGGGCGGUCCAGAUUUAUUAUGCGUGGGUACAGGAAAAGAAGCUCAGGAAGUGUUGAAAAGGAUGGAAAGAGAAGCGACUUACAGCUACCAGACAUUAACAUUACCGGAAGAUGACGCUGCUAACGUACUGUAUUUGAAUGGUACUCUUGUACAUAGAAGUAUCGAGGAAAUACCUUUAUCUUUCAAGAUAUUCGGCGAAAAAAUAGACUAUCCAAGAAGAUCUGUGAAUAUAUCCCAGUUGGCGAAGCUUUCUUGCGGGUUGACAUCCAGCUGUAUCCUAGUCAGAAGAUCGCGGCAUAUACGAAAUCUUUAAUUCGUAAUAACAUUUUUUUAAGUAACACCUCAGGUCUUCAAAUAUUGCUGUGAGUUCAUUAGUUGAACCUAAUUAUUUAGAUAUUCUUUGACGCUGAUCAGUUACGUAAUACCAAUCGGUACUACGUUUAUUAUUAGUCUUUAAGUCCUACUAUGCGUCAGAGAAAAUAUUAUAAGCUGAAAAGUAUACCUACUUAUGAUUCAUAGGUAAUUUAAUACGUCAUAAUGUUUGGCUUGGUUACCUAUUUAUACUUUUCAUCCACAUAUGUUUUUUUUUCUCUUUUGCUUUUCAGGCAGCUAGAUAUUUUUGAAAUGUUCACUUUUUGAUGCAAUUAUUUUUUGACUGUAAGAAGUGACAAAAAGUCAUUAAAUAAGCGAUAAACGAUCUUUGAAGAUCGUUGAAGAUCGUUUAUACUCCUUUCAGUCGUAUAUUGAUGGUCUGGAACCAUAACAUGAAAUGCAAUGUUUGUUUCAGCUUUUUUGCUAUAGUGAUUCACUAUAAACAUGUUAGUAUUGCCGUUUGUGAUAGAGCUUCAAAAGCUAAAACUUGUCUUAUUCCAAUUUGUCACUUGAGUUUAAUUUAGUAGGCAAAAUUAUAUGUUUUGAAUAUGAAACGUUGGUAUUAGAGAAUUUUAUAAUGAGUAAAUUACAUUUUUAUAAAUUCAACAAGAAAUUUUUCACUGGGAUCCUGAAAAAACGAGUACGUUUUUGUUACUCUUCGAUUCUAGGAUCACAGUGUUUAGUUGAAAGGUAUUCAAUAUAGAUUUGAAAUAACCUUUUUGAUAUACUGACAUUCCAAAGACUUUUAUUCGUCAUGACACUAUAAAGACGGGAUAACCGUGUAAAACUUUUCAACAAAAGAUGCAGUAUCAUGAUUGUAUUACUCGUAUCAUGAUGCAAUAUGGGCGCAAACCAACCGUGGUUGUUCUAACCUCAUUAUAUAUUAGAAAAGGCCGAUAUUGUUAUUUUUGAAUAUCUGUGAUAUCUGAUACUGUUACUUUUUGGUAUCAGUGAUUUAUAACCCUGAAAUGAUCACGACGAUGAGAUCAUGACCAUACUGAUAUCCUGAGCAAAAUACCUCGAUGAAACCGAAUAGAGCCAAUAACCAAAGCUUAUAAGGCACGAUAUCACAUAGAAGGCCAUAGUAGUCUUACGGUGGUAUAAUCUCGACCUUAGCGUCCAGAGCGCAUGCGCAUCUCAAACGUUAACGCCGUGAUACCAUGAUGCUAUUCGCCGUUGUUCUGAAACACCUAGUUCCCGAAGUUGUGAUCACGUCACUAUUUUUCACGGUAUUUGGUAACAGUGGAGGGAGAUUUGUGUUUUAUAAAUAUCAGUUACUAAAUCACAGUUCGUGAAAUGUCUUCCACCGCAACAUAUACUUAAAAAAUAUGACUCAAAUUGGAUAUUUCCGUGACUAAAGAUAGGGAUGGGCGAUAUCGUUACUUUUGAAUAUCUGUCAUAUCGUUACUUGUUCAUGUCACUCAUUUAAAAGCGUGAUGUUUUACGAGUUUUGAAUAACGAUUCGGCAGGGUUAUUACCUAAAAUAUCUAUAUAAUGUGAAAAAAUCCAACAAAAUGUCAACUUGCUGACUAGAUAGUUCCUAGUAUGCAAAUAGUUCAUUCCGCUAUGAGCGCUGGAUUUCAAAACCUUGUAGAAGCAUUACGGGAAGUCACUGCCGCUCCCGCGUUGUGUGUAAUUAAGCCACAUCACAAAAAAAUUAGGAAAGACGCAUCACACAUAACAUUUUCGCAGUGCUUCACAUCUCUCUCAUUUUUUAAUUCAGCAAAUUUGCGUAUAUAAUUUCCAGGAUGAAUUAGAAAAAGUGGAUGUUCAACUAAUUUUUAGCUUUGCAUACAUCUCAAGUAAGUGUAUUUGAGACAAGAAACCAACGGUAUUGCACCUUUGAACUUCCGUUUCCUUCCACCUAUAGUAUACAACUUAUUUAUACUUUGGACCUCCAAUAAUGCCAUCUCAGAUGCUACAUUACAUUAGAGCCAAACAUUGAUAUUUGAAGCCUUAUGACGUUUAGGCAACACGUACAGCUACAGAUCGAGUGCAUAUCAAGGAACAACAUCUAGUUCUGAGUUGUCACCUUGUAGAAAAACCUACAUACUGUCACAAAAAACCUAUAUAAUGAAAAAAACAGAAAUGUCACUUUUCAGAAUACGUGAUACCUCUGCGGUUAUGGGUAUAGUGAUGUCCUGAGUAUAAUAGCGUGAUAAAAUCGCCAAACCUAUAAAGCGACUGGAGCACGCAUGCGCAUAUCAUUCGCUUUCAAAAAUAUUAGUGCCGUGAUGUUCUCACGAGUCGUGAACUAGGUGCUCCGCGGCAAAGUCACGCCUUUUCACGGGAUUUGGUAACAGUUGUGAUUUAGAAAUAUCAGUUGCAAAACCACAGUUCGUGAAAUAUCUGCCACCACUAGUUUUAGGUUUCAGUGAAUUUGUCGAUGUUUUAUUCGAUUUGUGACACCUGGUAUCUGGCAUAGUCGUAUACUGCUAUUUACUACUAUACUGUACUAUAAAUUGUUAUAUGUAGCAUAAAAUUAAAUGAUUAUAAAAAAUAUAAAAUCUUCUGUUAUACGUUGAUUCGUUGAUGUAAUGCAUUCUAUGACAAUUAGUAGGUGCUAAGAAGAAAUAUCAAUUAAUUGAUUACUAAUUCAUUGAAAUGUCAGUAAACUUCGAGUUUAGCAAUAUUUCCCUUUAUAUGUGAAUUGUAGCCUUAAUUGCAACUAUUAGGAAAAUGCCCAGAAUCCCUUAAAUCCUUCCAAAAAACUUAGGAAACAUAGGAUUUUAAUAUGCCCUUAUAUGAAUACGAUUCGUUAUACGAUAUAAUAAUUAUUGAUAUACGUGGAUAUAGCAUAAAUAAUGAUAUUCAAGAGAAGUCUGUUACAAGAUGGGUUAAUCCUACAUGUGUGUGGCUGAUAAGUGAAACCCUGUGGCCUUUUCAAUCCAUUGUAAUUGAGAAUUGUCAUUUGUACUUGAAAAAGUGGUGCCCUAAACGUUCGUAUCAGAAAACAGUAACUAAAACAUUUGUGGUUUCAUUUAGCAGCUAGCAAAGAUGCAGCAUGAAAACCACAGGGUAAGUUUCAGGUCUUACAUUACUUCUUUUUAUCUUUUAUGUAAAUGGUUUUCCCAGUAUACUAAAAAACUGUGAAAUCCAAAUUUUUGCUGAGGAUACUUUAAUUUAUGUAAGUACUCAACAUUUUCAUGUAUCUCUUUUUUGUGUAGCACAAAUGACUCCGUUUUCCAAAGAUCAGAAAUUUUACACAAUAUAUGUAUGACAAUAAUACUAAAUAAAAAUAAAUAUGCUC